AUGGCUGGCGAAGACAAGCCGGUGCUGGGGACUUCCAUUCCCCGCGAGACGACGCUGAUACUCGUUUGGGUCUUCUUUGCGAUAUGUACGAUGCUACUCAUCUGUCGGUUCGCGAUUCGAUUAUGGCUGCAUAGGCAACUCUUCUGGGACGACAUCUUCGCAGCAAUUGGUUAUGUGUUGCUUCUCGGCCACGAUGUAGUGGCCACGAUGGUCACGCCGGCAAUUUACAUGAUGAUUGGAACAUAUACAGGACGCCCCAAACCACCGGACUUCCUAGACCAAGUUACCUACCUGGUUAAGUUGAUGUUUACGGCCAACAUCCUCUUCAUUCUCUGUUUGUAUUCGGUCAAAGCAAGCCUGCUGGCCUUGCUUUGGAGACUUGUCAAGAAUCUCACCACAUUCCGUCGUGGAUGGUGGGCGAUUACCGUAAUCACGGCUAUCGGGGCGCUUGCCACCAUCAUUCUGGCCCCUAUUUCGUGCUCGGAUUUGAGGGCUUUCGGAUGCACUUCGCCGAAAGACAUCGAACGAGACCUCAUCACAGUGAGAUUCACUGCCGCGUCAGAUAUUCUAACAGAUCUUUUAAUCAUGUCCCUCCCGGUCGCGUUCAUUCUCACUUCUUACCUUCCCACACCUCAAAAAAUCGGUCUUAUCGGACUCUUUGCGCUCGGAUUCACAGUCAUUGCCAUGUCGAUUCUCCGCAUCGUUGUGAAUGAUAAUAAAUCCAAGCAUCCCCCGCCUGCGUGGCUCCUCUUCUGGAGCGCAAUGGAAAGCACGGUCGCCGUUAUGGUAUCAUGUUUUGCCUCCUUCAAAUCGCUCUUCACACUUCGCAAACGGCCCUCAGCAUACCUCAACGACACAUCGUAUCUCCAGUCGAAGAGUAAAUCGGGUCGGAGCGAAGCUAGGAAUAGUAUUGCGUUACGAUCUCGCAACCGAUUCGAGCGAUCUCCCGGGGCUACGAAGGCGGAUAUGAACACCGUUGUGAUAUCGAGCGAGGGAGAGCCCAAUAAGUGGAGUGACGACGGUUCGAGAGAGGAGAUAUUGCAGAGAACCGAAGUCGAAGUGAGGUACGAGUCGGCAUCUAUCCCCGGGCAGUCCACAGUACCGGUAGCCCCGCAGCCAUAA